AUGGCUCUCUCGCGUGUGACGCCAACUCAAGAUUCCGCAUGGUCUUCGCUUCUGCCUUUCUCCAAAUACCUCCAUGAGGACUUGUUAAGCGAAUAUCACUCAUUGGACGAGUUCCUUGCUGAGAGUCCCCAUUCCGCCACCUUUUGGUUCUUCCAAAGUCGAGAUGCUUUCAUUUCGCAAAACCGCUUCAGGAAGUGGUCCCGCGAAGUCCUAGACGACUAUGUUCUCUUACUCGCGAUGUCAGGCUAUGUUCAGCGGAAAGAUUGCUUUUUUAUCAGCCAUUUCUGGCGGGAGAGGCAGAAUCCCGAUCCAGAUGGGCAGACCUUACGUCUUCACCAAGCUCAAAUAGGGCCGCAAGAGUGGUUAUAUAUCUGGGUGGACUGGACAUGCCUGCCUCAGCAUCCACGAUCAGGCCCGGAAGAAACGUACUUCAGUCAUGGCUUGCGGACUAUGACAGGCGUGAUCCGCAACACUGGCUUCUCGUACUUUUACCCAUCUUUCAAGCCGCGCCUGUGGAUAUUGUAUGAGAUAGCCUAGUACCACCUCACAUCCUUUGGAGGCAUCGAAAAGACCCCUGACAUAGAAUUGUUUCUUCAGCAUAUCGACGAGAUGAUUGAAAAGGGGGUGCAGAAGACGUUGGAGAAGCACCGAUAUCAUUGCUAUGAAGAUCGUGACAGACAGUAC